AUGAUGGUCACACACGCCCAAAAACCCUGGGGAUACCGAUGGCGGUCGUCCAAGACGUUUAUCCUCUCUAUCGUAUUUCUGGCCUUGUUUGCGGACACCUUUCUCUAUGGCUUCUUGGUUCCGAUUUUGAGCUACAUGCUCGAAGUCCGGUUAAAAAUCGACCCGUCUCAAACGCAGAGCCUCACCUCUUCUCUACUCGCUAUCCACGGUUUUAUGACCCUCGUUGCAGCGCCCAUCAUCGCCCAUUUUGCAGACAAGACGUCCAAUAGGAGGAUACCGCUGUUGAUAGCUCUGGUAGCAUGCGCUGCAGGGACCGUUCUCGUUGCUUGUACCCCUUCUCGUAAGGCUCUGGACUCAUCCGCCUUUCAAGACAUUGCAGUCUGGGCCCUUUUUGUAGGGAGGCUCCUGCAAGGGGUAGCUGGGAGUGCCACAUGGAUUGUUGGAUUUGCAACGAUGGUGGAUAAUGUUGGAAUGGACCAUAUAGGCAAGACAAUGGGGCUGUCCAUGACUUUCGUGAUGACCGGCGUCAUCGGUGGCCCAAAAGCAGAAGAAGCAACAUCUCGUGGCUUCUACCUCAUAGCGCUGCGGGAUAUCCGUGUAGUGACCGGUCUAGCAAGCGUCAUCUCCAUGUCUUCCAUCAUAUGUGGGUUUGAUGCAACGCUACCGCUUCAUCUCAGAAACGUCUUUGGUUGGGGCAGCUUACCCGUAGGCAUGACCUUCCUUGUCAUGCAGAUACCCUCUAUCGUCCUUAGCCCUGUGGUCGGCUGGCUCCGUGAUCGAGUAGGACUCAAAUAUCCUACCGCUGUGGGCUGGGCACUUCUAGUUCCACUGAUAUGGCUCAUGGGCGUUCCUGGAGAUAGUCACUUUCCCUGGGCCAAUCCCGACAAGAAUGGAAAAACCAUCUUCAUUUUCACAGUAGUGGCCGUAGGAGUCGCUUCGACGAUGGUUCGUGGUGCUGGCGCCGUCCAGAUGACUAACCUUACAUUAGCUGCUGUGAACGAAAUACAGUUAAAGAAUCCGAAAAUAUUUGGCGAACACGGAGGCAACUCUAGAAUCUCUUCCAUGAUAGAGGUAUCGUUCAGCCUUGGGAUGGUGAUCGGCCCUGUUCUCUCGGGCUCUCUCACCGAGUUAGUCGGAUACUACUACAUGAGCCUUGUUUUCGCCUUAAAAGGAUACGGGAACUGGAUGAUGCGGCAAGAGAUAUACAUACUCUUUACUCUCAGUGACAGAUGCUCGCCUAUCUUGGGAUUGUGGAGUGUCAAGAAUAGGGUGGCAGAAGACGAAGACCGAACCGCGAAACCGUAUAUAUAA